AAGCGAAGCCGGCCGGUCAUGGCGGCCUCGGAGAGGCUGCGCUACGCGGAAUACGCGGCCCCCGCCGCCGGCCGGCCCGACCCCCACAGCGACCGGGGGCUGGCCAGGACGCUGAUAGCCGUGGGAUUGGGCGUGGCCACCGUUGCAUUUGCAGGCCGCUACGCCUUCCAAAUCUGGAAACCCCUGGAACACGUGAUCUCAGAGACUGCAAGGAAAAUUCCAACCCCUAGCCUUUCAUCCUACUAUAAAGGAGGGUUUGAACAGAAAAUGAGUCGAAGAGAAGCGAGUCUGAUUUUAGGCGUAAGCGCAUCUGCUGGCAAGGCCAAGAUUAGAACAGCUCACAGGAGAAUCAUGAUUUUGAAUCAUCCAGAUAAAGGUGGUUCUCCGUAUUUAGCAACCAAAAUAAACGAAGCAAAGGACUUACUGGAAUCAGGCACCAAGCAGUGAUGCCCGCAGAAUACCAUGACUGCGAUGGCGUAAAGUGGAUUUUUUUAAUUUAUUCACUCCUUUCUCUAAGAUGCAGAUGACUAUGUGACUUGGGUUCCAUAAAACUGCUGUUUCUUCUCUGUUAACAACACUGGAUUAAAUAAUUCUGCCACUCAAGAUUUUAAGACAA